GGUUCAUCCUAGUGGUGUGUUCGCCAUGUCCAUAGCGGCUGAGGUCUGUUUUGAUGAGCUGGGCUGCUUCGAUGACCUGCCUCCCUGGGGGGGCACUUCCCAGAGACCAGCCUCCAUCCUCCCCUGGAACCCCAAGGAGAUCAGCACCCGCUUCCUCCUCUUCACCCAGAAGAACCGCUACUACCAGGAGAUCAAAACAGACCAAACCAUCCAGGCCUCAAACUACAUCGGAAUGAGAAAGACUCGAUUCAUCAUUCCUGGUUAUUUGGAAAAAGGAGAUGAGGACUGGCCACAGGAGAUGUGUAAGGUUAUGCUGGUGAGGGAGAAUGUGAACUGCAUCGCUGUGGAGUGGAAGAAAGGUGUAAAGACUCAGUAUGCCCAGGCUGCCAAUAAUGCCAGGGUGGUGGCUGCCCAGGUGGCAUCAAUGAUCACGUUCCUCAUGGGCAACUACAAGCAGAAGGCUGAUAAGUUCCAUAUUAUCGGACACGGUCUUGGAGCUCACACUGCAGGAGACACUGGUAGCAGGAUCCCUGGUCUUGCACGCAUCACAGGACUGGACCCAGCUGAACCUUACUUUCAGGACACUAAUGUCUCUGUGCGUCUGGACACCAGCGACGCUGUCUUUGUGGAUGUCAUUCACACCGAUGGACUUCCUUUUAACCCCAAACUUGGUCUGGGGAUGUCACAAUCUGUGGGCCACAUUGACUUUUAUCCCAAUGGAGGAGAACUGAUGCCUGGCUGCUCUGCUAACAAAGGCAGUCCCACUAACCUGGAUGCUUUCUGGGAAGGUACCAUGAAGUUUGAUGCCUGCAACCAUGUCCGAGCCUACCAGUACUACAGUGACAGCAUGGUUAAACCCCAAGGCUUUGUAGGAUUUCCUUGCUCUGACAAGGACAGUUUUGCUGCUGGAAAGUGUUUCCCAUGUGCAAACGACAAAUGUCCUCUGAUGGGCCACAAUGCUGACAAGUUCACUGUGACUGAUGGCAUUUCAAAGACAAAGUACUUCCUCAACACAGGCAGUUCCAAGCCCUUUGGCCGUUAUAGUUACAGAGUGACAGUAACCCUCGAUGGUCCCAGCUGGUCUAACUUAGGCUCCAUGUAUGUGGCACUCGCUGGAAACAAUUACAUCACCAAGGAGUUCAAGCUUUAUAUGGGUAUACUAGUGCCUGGAAGGACCUAUGAGGCGCUGAUUGACGCUGAGGUGGAUGUGGGUGAUGUGAAAGAGGUGAAGUUUCGGUGGAACAACCACAUCUUGAACCCCAUGAGACCCAAGUACGGAGCAUCUAAAGUGGAACUGCAGAGAGGAAAAGACAAGAAGAUGGUCCUCUUCUGCGGAACAGAGAAUGUGGUGGAGAACGCAGUCCAGUCUGUGCAUCCAUGCCAAGCUUAACCAGUCAUAAUCAAAAUGUCACUCAGGAUCUUUCAAUAAAGAUUUUGCAUUCA